UCUUUAAUUCUCUUCCUUCACAGAGACCAGGAGGGGGCGCUGUCCAAGAAGUUCGCCAUCUGCAAGUAUGACUUUGUGGCAAGGAACGUGAAUGAGCUCUCUGUGAUGAAAGACGACAUCAUGGAGGUCAUUGAUGAUAGAAAACAAUGGUGGAAGGUGAGAAGUUCCAGCGGUUCUUCUGGAUUUGUGCCAAACAACAUCCUGAGAGUGAUGAAGGCUGAGGAGCGGUCAGGACUGGAAUACAGCCACACCAUUCAGAAACAAAAAUCCGAAUUUCAUGCGAGGCAGAUAGAGCCAAAUCCCAGUGCACCCAGCCCCCCUCCAACCCCAGGCCCUGCCCCCCCAUCCAUCUCCAUACCCGUGUCCAGGUCUUAUACAUCAGGAAAUCUUGUCAGCCGACAGAGCAGCACAUCCAGCGACAGCGGGGGCAGCGGAGUACGGGACCCCCAAGGGGCCAAGCCAUUUGAUCGGAGGAAAUCUCAGAUGGAAGAAGUUCAGGAUGAACUGGUCCAUAGAUUAACUAUCGGUCGCAACGCAGCACAGAAAAAGUUCACAGUCCCUCGGCAAAACGCCCCAGUGGUCAAUAUCUCCUACAACUCUUCUCAAGAGGACGUGAAAUCAUGGCUGCUCGCCAAGGGCUUCAAUCCAGUGACUGUGGAUUUUCUGGGGGUGCUGACCGGAGCGCAGCUCUUCUCCCUCACUAAGGAGGAGUUAAGGACGGUCUGUCCGGAGGGGCCGAGGGUCUACAAUCAGGUGACCCUGCAGAAGGCGGCAGUGGAGAAAAUGAAUGAGAGUUCUGAGCUGCAGGAAAUCAUGAGGAAGCGGCAGGAGAAAAUUAACGCCACGGCCAGUGACUCGGGGGUGGAGUCUUUUGAUGAAGGGAUCAACCACUGACGUUCUGUAUUUUUCGCCAAUGUUGUCGCACAGUUCAAUCCCGGACUCGUCUCAUGGUCACGUGUUCCUUGUGCGUUUGAUUCUGUGGCCAAUAAUGGGUUAACUUAGGGGACGUGACGCGUUCCAUCUCCUGCAUCACUUGGCACUGGUGGUAGGGAUGGGCCGCAGGUCAGGGGGGUGACGUACACAGGCAGAUGAUCCCAAUAGUGAAGGACAUGAUGAGGAAGAUGGCCGCUCUGUCUGCCAUUCUGCCAUUGUCCAUGGGUCGGCGCAGGAUCGGGCCGGAGCCACAAUUGUAUUUCUUGUAUAUUUGUCUUCUAUAAUAAAAUGUAGAUCAGUAUUGAGGAAAUGAUGAAAAGAGAGAUUAUUUUUCUGAGGUUUUUGAUGAGUAAAGUGUUUUUACC